GAUAGUAAUGAGUUGAUAAGUUACAGCGAAUCGCGUAUUUGAAACAUCGCUGCUCAUUUAUGUUUCAGUCUUAUUUUGGCCAUUGUAACAAAAAGUUCUAAAAUACAAUAUAUAUUUCAAGAAGAUUCACCUCAAGUUUGUAUCCCAUUCUAGUCCACUUUAUAUGCAAAAUGGAUUCAACAUCGAAGAAUAUACCUGAGUACAAUGUUAUAAUAAUUGGUGAAACAGGAGCUGGAAAGUCAACAUUUAUUAAUUAUUUGACAAACUUCUUCAAAGAUGGUAGCCCAGGUCAACUGAAACUAUCUAUUCCUUCAAAGCAUUACCCAGCAACGGAGGGUUUGAAUCAUUCUGAAAAAAAUGUCGCAGAUACUUCAAAAAGCCAAACUAGCCAAUGUAAUCAAUACAUUUUCCGCAAAGAUGAAUUUGAUUUUGGCUUUACUGACACCCCAGGACUUUGUGAUACUGAAGAGACGCUUAACGAUGAGAAAAACAUUUUGAAAAUAAUGGAAGCUGUAGUAGAGCACGGAACUUUGGCGGCAAUAGUGAUCGUUAUGAAUGGAACACAAUCGAGAGCAACAUCCAUCCUACGUCAUGUGUUAAAUGAGAUGAAGAACAUGAUUCCAGAUAGUUGUUUGGGUAACAUCAUUGUUGUUCUCACAAACUGCAAUCGAGCUUCAGCAAAUUUUGAUGUAUCUCAGCUUAAACCGUGGAAAGUACUCGGAGACAACCUGUUCCAUAUGAAUAAUUCUAUUCUUAGCAAGCCAGAAGCAACAUGGAAAAAUGACUCAAGUUUAAAAAAAUACAUUGAAGACGAUUGGCAUGAGUCAAUGAAAACCAUUCAACAAAUGAUUUAUAGGCUCAAACAUUUAGGUUGUCAAGCUACAACGGCGUUCAAAAAACUGCACGAUAAGAGGAACCAAAUCAGGUCAAAUCUUUGCCAAAUCUUAUGUGAUUUAGAUAAUCUUCAAAAAUUACAAAAUGUGUUGUGUGAUGCUGAAUCUAAUAAGCGGGAAAUUUCGGAAGAUAUUAAAAAGUAUUCAAAUUACAAGCAAUCGCAUGAAGUAGAAUACACAGAUGUGGAGAAAUCUCUAUUUCUAAACCAAAUCUGUAGAUUAUGCUCGCGAGUUUGCUACGAGGAUUGGGUAGCACAAUCUUCACUGCGUGGAAGAUUAGUUAAAAGAUUGGAAGAUUGCUUAAUAUUUGUUAAAGGGAUAGCAAUAGGUUAUCUUUCAAUACUUGGACAAAACAACUGUCACAAAUGUGAUUGUCCCGAUCAUGAGCAUUAUCAUUCUAAUAUGAAACCAGUCAAAAAAAUGAAAACCAUUGAAAAAAUCGUUGAUGAGAUAAAAGCCUCCCACGACCAUCAUAUGCAGAGAAAAGUUGAAGCGGAGAAUAAAAUAAGCGGAUUUCGCGACGACAUAGAAACAAUAAAAAAUAAAUUACACGAAAAAGAAGCUGCCGUUGGAAUCUGUUGCAAUGAACUUAAAGAAGUCUGCUCUCAGUUUAAUCUUGUUAAAGAGUUGGGCGGCAUAAUUGAAAUUAUGAAGAGAAACGCCAACAAUCUCCGGUCCAUACCAGCGCGAAAUGAUGCUAAUGAGAAAAUCGCUAAAAUAUCACAAGUGAUUUCCGAAUUGUCGGGUGUUCAGUCCGAAUAUAAAAACAUUUAACUCAUUACAUGGACCCGGCCUCAUAUGAAAUUUAUAGCUCUAAGCGCAUGUUCAACAAUGAUUUAAACAAUAAUAGUAAUAAAACAACUGCGAAUGACCAAUGGGACUGCAGAUGGCCAUAUCCGAAUUUUUCAUGAUAGAGUUAUCAUGAUAUAUUGUAUGAUUAAGCCAUAGCUUCAAUAGAUACCGCAACUUUUUUGUUUGUUUUUUGAUCACUCUUUUGUCACUUCCCAGUGAACCACGUAUCGUAACAGAAUGUGCAUUCAAAAUCACAUAUUCGUACGUCAAGAAUCAGAAUCGCACAAGAUGCCAAAUAAGGCGUUUUUAAUGUCAACACAAGUAUAGUGCUCAAAUGAAAAUUUAGCCGAGAAGCAGGUUAUGUCCCAAUAAAUUGGAACCUCCUUAUCCAACAUGCCGGCGUCCUGCUUAAACGAAAAAACUCAUGGAAACAAAUAUUAUAUUCUAAUGAUUGGAGAAACAGGUUCUGGAAAGUCAACGUUAAUUAAUUAUUUGACGAAUGGAUUUCAUUAUGGCGAACUGGAACACCCAAAACUGGCUAUUCCUUCGAAGCACUACAAUGCGACAGAGAGCUUUGAACAUUCUGAGAAAAAUGUAGCCGAUUCAUCAAAAAGCCAAACCUCUAAAUGCAACGAAUACGAAUUUAGCAAAGAUGGAAUUGUGUUUGGCUUCAUUGACACCCCGGGACUUAGUGAUACUGAAGGCACGCACAAGGAUGAAGAAAACAUCUUGAAAAUUAUUUCUGCAGCAGAAGAAAGUGGAACUUUGGCAGCAAUACUGAUCGUAAUAAAUGGAACGCUAGCUAGAGCUACAUCAAA